AUGGAUGUCAAGAAUGUCUUUCUUAAUGGAACCCUUUCUGAAGAAGUUUAUAUGAAGCCACCACCUGGUACUUCUCCUCCUCCUAACAAAACACCCCAUGGUAUUGUUCUUCUUCUUCUCUAUGUUGAUGAUAUGAUUAUUACUGGUAAUGAUCUACAGGCCAUAUCCGACCUUCAACACUAUCUUGGUCAACAUUUUGAGAUGAAAGACCUUGGAUCUCUCAACUACUUUCUUGGUCUUGAAGUCUCUCGGCGCUCGGAUGGUGAUUUGUUGUCUCAAGCAAAGUAUGCCUCUGAUCUUUUAGCUCGCUCAGGCAUCAUCGACUCCAACACAUCUUCAACACCAUUAGAUCCCAAUACCCAUCUAACCCCUUUUGAUAGUGUUCCUCUUGAAGAUGUAAGCUUAUAUCGACAACUUGUUGGCAGUCUCAUCUAUCUAACAGUAACUCGUUCAGACAUUGCAUAUGCCAUUCCCAUUGUUAGUCAAUUUAUGGCUGCUCCGAGAACCAUCCAUUUUACUGUUGAUCUACGCAUCCUUUGCUAUGUCAAGAAAACUUUGGGACAUGGUCUUCAGUUUUCUUCUCAAUCUUCUCCUGUGUUGUCUGGCUAUUCUGAUGCAGAUUGGGCUGGAGACCCCACUGAUCGACGAUCUACCACAGGUUACUGUUUCUACUUAAGCGAUUCUCUCAUUUCAUGGCGUAGUAAGAAACAAAGUGUUGUCUCUCGUUCCAGUACUGAAUCAGAAUAUCGUGCUCUUGAUGAUGCUACCGCAGAACUUCUAUGGCUUCGUUGGCUUCUUGCUGAUAUGGGUGCCCCUCAACAGGGUCCACUCUCCUUCAUUGUGACAAUCGUAGUGCUAUUCAGAUUGCUCACAAUGAUGUCUUUCAUGAACGUAUAA